AUGGGGGUUUGAACUACAACAUGGAGCGGUUGAAAAUGUGGUGGAUUUUAGUUCUCCUCUCCGUUGUUGAUCUAGCUCAAGCUGCUGAGCGUGUGGAGGGGACAUUGGAGAAAAUUUAUCAUGACAAGGAAUGUCUCGGUCCGUUACCACUGGGCAUGGAAUCAAGGCGGAUCCCAGAUUCUGCCAUUACAGCAUCGUCAAAUGAACCCAAGAGACCACCCCAGCAGGCCCGAGUUGGAGAUGAACCUGGUGCCUGGACGGCUUCCACUGCCAAUGCCUUUCAGUACAUCAGUGUGGACAUAGGCAGGAGAAUGAUGGUCACAGCUGUGGAGACACAGGGACGUAAAGGAAGUUCUGAAUAUGUCACUGAGUACUAUGUUCAGUUCUCUGAUGAUAGGAAUACCUGGAGAUACUACACUAACGAGUUUGGCAUGCCACAGAUAUUCAAUGGCAACAGUGAUGGUUUUGCUAGGAAGAAAAAUACUCUACGUUAUCCUGUUGUUGCUCGAUACAUUCGCUUCAGUCCGCAAAGAUGGAACACCCGAAUCUCGAUGCGACUAGAACUGUAUGGAUGUGAAUUUGAUGCUGACCCUGCCAUGUUUGCCGACAGUUACAUUGUACUGGAUCUGACUAGUGGCAAUCAGUUUGGAAAUCAGGAUCCCAGCAGAAACUCAAUCCAGACGGUCCAGGACUCUCUUAAACUUAGGUUCCGUACUGACAAACCAGAUGGUAUCCUCUUCUAUGCGGAUGGCAAUCAAGGUGACCACUUUGCACUGGAACUUAAGAGAGGUUACCUGUGGUUUCGUCUGAACUUAGGCAGCAUUGAAGGUUCUCCGGGUGAGACGUCAGUUGUGGGUGGCAGUCUUCUCGAUGACUUUCAGUGGCAUGAUGUUAUAAUCAGCAGAGACAGGCAGAGCAUCACUGUGGUGGUGGACAGACUGGAGACCAAGGUUGAGAGCAAUGGAGAGUUUUUCAGACUGAAUUUAGACAAAAAGGUUUUUCUGGGUGGUGUGCCCACAUUUAACAUGGAUGGCCUGACCAUUAGGCACAACUUCCAAGGCUGUAUGGAGAAUGUAGUGUUUGAUGACAUUAAGAUCAUACAGGGUGUACGUAAUGGAUUGAGUCGUUACCAGAAGGUUGGGCCAGUCACCUUUGACUGUCGGCUUUCCCAGAUCAUUCCUGUCACCUUCAACAGGAUUGAUUCUUCUCUCAAUGCUGGUGGAGCAGACACCAGUGUUUUUUCCACUAGCUUGGAAUUCCGUACCCACAACACAGAUGGUUUGUUGGUAUACCACGAAUUGGCUGACAAUGGGGAGGUCAAGGCCAGAAUCAAUCAGGAUGGUCAUAUUUGGUACAGACUAUCCUAUGACAAUGAGAGGCAGGUUAUAGAGGAUGUUGUGAGAAACAAUGACAUUGAAAGCCCAAGGAAUGUUUUCAAUGAUGGACUGUGGCAUAAAUUCAUCCUCACAGUAGAUACGAGAAUGGUUAACUGCACCGUUGACAGGAACUCUAAAAUCUCGUCCAGGUCUCUCAGUUUCAGCCUAGGAAGUAUCUACUGGAUAGGUGGAUAUGACACAGAAAACAGUUUUCUGGGAUGUAUGAGGAAUAUAGUGGUUGGAAACAAAGCUGUUGAGCUAGAUACCCUUACCGAAGAACAGAAGAAUUUUGUGGUUAUUGGAACCUGCGGUAUAAGAGAUAGGUGUACACCUAACCCAUGUGAGCAUAAUGGUGUCUGUAUACAGGACUGGAGGACCUUCCACUGCCUGUGUGAUGGUACAGGGUACACUGGAGCUGUGUGUCACAUCUCCAUGCACCCGUUGUCUUGCAUGCAUUUCAAGAUGUACUCCAGAAGUAAGGAUAGGGAGCAGACAAUCAUAGAUGUGGAUGGUUCUGGCCCAACAGCACCUUUCCACGUGGGCUGUGAUGUGGGUGAUGCUGUAGAGACAUCAGAGACAUAUAUCAGUCAUGACAGUAUGGGGAGAACCAAGGUAGAUGGCUGCCAGGAUCCAGGGUGCUACCACAGGAAGGUCAAGUAUGACGCAGAGGACGAGGCCCUCGAGUCUGUCAUUGAGCGCUCGUUUACCUGUAAACAGUUCAUCAAGUACGAAUGUAACAAUUCCAGGCUGUUGGCAAAGCCUGAUGAACAAGCUCCAGCGGACCAGCAGUGGAAGACUUAUGGCUGGUGGGUAGGGCGCUCCUAUCAACCUCAGUAUUAUUGGGGAGGUUCAUCCCCGGGGUCCAAUAGAUGCGAGUGUGGGCUGUCAGAAAAUGGGUGCAGUACAAGACCCCUAGACACAGAAAAAUAUGUCUGUAACUGCGACGCCCGCCCUACGAAGAUCACCUUCGAUAGUGGUGACUUAAAGCACAAAGAUCACCUGCCUGUAUUAGAGAUGUACUUUGGGGACACUGGGACUGUCACAGACUACAAGAUGGGCUGGCACAAGCUAGAUCAUCUCAUCUGUGAAGGAGACAAUAUGUUUGACAAUGUGAUCACAUUCAGGAAAAGGGAUGCCAUCAUUGAGUUACCCACCUUUGAUGCAAAGAGCUCUGGAGACAUCUGGUUUCAGUUCAAGACCACUCAACGAGAUGGAAUCAUUCUUCACAACACUGGAAUGCAAGAUUAUAUUCAAGUCCGAAUUUACAAUGGUGACACCAUACAGUUCUCAUACAAUGCUGGGAGUGGUGCCUAUAAUUUGGAGUACCGCGCACCAUCUGGUCUGAAUGAUAACCACUGGCACACAGCCCACAUAGAGAGGAACCGUAAACAGGCUUGGCUGAGGGUGGACACUCAGAGGGCUGUGGUCAGGGAUGAGGCAGAGGAGCAGGGAUACAGGACGCUCGAUCUCAACAGUUUCCUUGCUGUCGGGGCCUCUGUGGAUAACCGUGAUGGUUUUGUGGGAUGUAUUCGUGCACUCAUGGUCAAUGGCAAGCUGAUGGACCUGCGUGGAAUGGUGGACCGUGGUCAGGUGGUCUAUGGAGUAACAUCAGGCUGUGUUGGUAAAUGUGACAGCAACCCCUGCUUCAAUGGCGGGACGUGUAAGGAGAGAUACAAUGGUUACACCUGUGACUGUGCCUAUACGCCUUUCAGAGGGUGGAUGUGUGGACGGGAGGUGGGCGUCGGCAUGCAGAAGAAUUACAUGAUUAAGUACGCCUUUGACAAGGAUCAAGGUCUGGCGGCGGCCGAUGGAGAGUACAUUAGGAUUGGGUUUGCCACCAAGAAUAAGCUGGGUAUUCUUAUGCAGAUUGUGGAUGCUAACAGCCAAGAAUACAUCUCCAUUGAAAUGAACAAUAAUGGUGGUGUGAAGGUGGCACUGGAUGUAGGGUUUGGCAGAGAUGAGGUGAACACCCCGUCACAGGGUAUAGACUACACCAAUGGUCAGCAGCAUGAAGUCAUUAUCAGGAGGAAGAAUCGAGGGCGCACCAUGACCGUGCAGGUUGAUGAUUAUGAUCCUGGCUUUGGUAACUGGGAGUACCUUCCCUCCACGGCCGACACCAUUCUGGACAAUCCCAAGUAUCUCUACAUAGGCAGAAAUAGCACUCUAGGCCCUGGGCUUGGAUUUGAUGGUUGUAUAUACAGAAUGCAGUUUGAUAACAUAUUCCCCUUGAAGCGUGCCUUCCAGGAUCCCCGUCCUUCCUAUAUCACCUUGGAACCUCCAGGUCAGAUCCUGGAGGAUAUGUGUGGGUUUGAGGAGAUCACUCAGCCUCCGGACCCUGUAGAAAUUCGCCCAGGAGCAGGAACCAUUGUCAAUGUUACCCAACCAUCAGUGUUUGAUGACAGGAUGUCCGUUAAUUACCAGAUAAUAAUAGCAGUGGUCGUCGCUGCCAUCUUCCUCCUUGUUGUCCUCUUAUUGGUGAUAUUCUGCAAAAUGCGCAAUGGUGGAGAGUAUAGAACGUAUGAGGCGAAGGGCGCAGAACUGGCAGAUAACCCUGACAUGGCAAUCGUAUAUAAUCACAUGGGACAGCCAGAUGUGCAGAAGAAAAAAGAGUUUUUCAUUUAGACUAUCCUCCAACUGGAGCCAUGUUGAUGCUAUUGUCUCUCCGUGCCUUGGGAGCCUGGGAGCCUUCAUCUGAACCAUCACUGUUAUCUCAUCAUCAGGCCAUGCUCUGCUCAGUUUUAUAUGGAACUUGGCUUUAAGUUCAUUGAACACAGCUGUAUGGAGUUGCCAGAGUUAGACACACAUACCUGAUUGAGCUUACGGCUUCAUAUAUGCAGUCAACAGCUGGUCUUCACUUUUAACAUGGCAGAAUGACUCUUACGUGAAGUCAUGUGUUCACAUUUUAUGUACAUUUAUACACAUAAAUACUAUAUUGUCAUGCUGUAGACAUUUGCAUGUAUCUGCAUUCUAAUACCAGUCAUGUGGUGAUCAGCCUAAAGUCUAUUUUUUUACCUCUUUCAACGACACACAUUACCAUGAAGACAUUUUUAUAAUUGCUGAACCUGUAUACAUUGAUGCCUCUGUCAUGUAGAGAAGUUUUAUACUGUAUUGUGAUACACAUUGUAUAUAUAUCAUAUGUUACUACACAAAUUGUAAAUAUCAUUAGUUGUUGUGGUUGCGCAGUGCAAUUUUAAGUCCAUAUGGUUUUUAAUACUGCUUCAGAUUCUUUUUUUUAUCAGAAAGCAUUGUUGAUCUGCAUCAAAAUUGCAAUUCUAAUCAAAUGUGUUUGAUCCAGAAUUCCAUUAAAUAUGUUUGAUCCUGUAGAAGUUUAGCCACCUGAUCCAGUAAAAGUUUAGCCACCUGAUCCAGUAAAAGUUUAGCCACCUGAUCCUGUAGAAGCAGACUAAAUCUGGAUUAUUCUGAUGCAUAACGUUCACGUGGAAAUUUUGUAGGUUGAGUCCUCUAUGAAAUAAGAGACAGCUAUGUGCACUGUUGUCUGAACAAAUUUGAAGCAAGAUUGAUACUUUUAUUAAAGUUAUUUAAUUACCAUAUAGCAGUAUUUAUAUGUUAUAUCAGAUCUGACCGUCAUUCAGACUUGAAUAGACAUAGUCUUGCCUUCAGUUAAUAGUUGUUCUGAUUGCUUGAGCAGUUUCUGGGAAUGGACCCAUAAUGGGCACAUAAUGGAUAUAUGAUGGACGACUUAACACCUCUUUUUGUGUAUUAACUUUCAAUAUACAAAUAACUCUCGAAGACAGGAAUUGAUUUAUUUGUAGUUGGGAAAGUAUCAAAAAGAUUAUCUGUAGUGUUGAAUUCCUUAUACCCAUUGACCAUAAAGCUGUCGACUGGGUAUAUCAUCACCUCGGGGAAUUUGUGAUAGAGAGUACCUGGGUUAAUGGCAAACGUUCCAAAGUGGCCUCCAAAUAUGCUUGUGUCUUCGUUGUAACCACACUGGAAAUGGGCAGCUGUAAAGUUGAUGUUUAGGUUGUAAGUAUGUGUAUCAUUAUAGAUUAUUCCAUUUACUACUUGUAUGAAUCAUCUGCUAAAGUACCUCGUUGUAAAAUUCUAGAAUUUUAUCCCAAAAAUUUGUAUCUAUAUCGCUUUUUUGUAGAAAUGUCUAUUAUCAAGUUGAAUUAAAAGACUUGGUGUUUGUAAAAAAAA